GCGGGGGCAGGGUGCGGGAGGGCUCCGGGCCGGGGGUGUGCGCAGGCUGUGGGGGCGCUGAGGCCGGGAGCUGAGCCGGGCAGGAGCCCCGAGGAGAGACUCUUGAGAGGGGCUGGAACUGCAGGUGUGAAAUGGCUGCGAAGGUGUUUGAAAGCCUUGGGAAGCUUGGCCUGGGGUUGGCUGUUGCAGGUGGAGUUGUCAAUUCUGCUCUGUACAAUGUCGAUGCAGGCCACAGAGCUGUCAUCUUCGACCGGUUCCGUGGGGUGCAGGACACAGUGGUGGGAGAAGGAACUCACUUCCUGAUCCCCUGGGUACAGAAACCAAUCAUCUUCGACUGCCGCUCUCGGCCCCGCAACAUUCCGGUCAUCACUGGCAGCAAAGACCUCCAGAACGUGAACAUCACCCUGCGGAUCCUCUUCAGGCCAGUGACUGCUCAGCUGCCCAGGAUCUUCACCAGCAUCGGGGAGGACUAUGACGAGCGAGUCCUGCCCUCCAUCACAACCGAGAUCCUCAAGUCUGUGGUGGCUCGCUUCGAUGCUGGAGAGUUGAUCACUCAGAGGGAGUUGGUCUCGAGGCAGGUGAGCGAAGACCUGACGGAGAGAGCGGCGACCUUCGGCCUCAUCCUGGACGAUGUCUCCUUGACACAUCUGACCUUUGGCAAAGAGUUCACAGAGGCGGUGGAAAUGAAGCAAGUGGCCCAGCAAGAAGCAGAGAGAGCCAGAUUCAUUGUGGAGAAGGCUGAGCAGCAGAAGAAGGCAGCUGUCAUCUCUGCCGAGGGAGACUCCAAAGCAGCCGAGCUGAUUGCCAACUCCUUGGCCACCGCCGGCGAUGGCCUGAUCGAGCUGCGCAAGCUGGAGGCCGCCGAGGACAUCGCCUACCAACUGUCGCGCUCCCGCAACAUCACCUACCUGCCCUCCGGACAGUCUGUGCUGCUCCAGCUGCCUCAGUGAGCCUGGCUCUGCAGCCAGGGCCAGCCUGGGCACCUCCACCUGCCAGAUCAGCCCUUCCAGAAAGAAAAGAACAGAAAGCUUUUUGCAGAUUCCUCCUCGGUAGAAUCAGAGGAAAGGCAAAUCCAAACCCACUCUGAGUCCCUGAUGAAAUAAAGCUGAACGCCCUCGACAGCAAACUGCAUUCCUCCCGUUCAGGGCAGGGCAGAGCAGAGCCUUCACUGACCAGCAGCUAGGCUGGAGAACUGCCCCUGUGCAGGCACUUGGAGCAACAGGAGCAGAGACCUCAUCUGUGCCCUCCUGGCACAAAGAGGUGGCCCAGGUGACUCCCCGGCCACGAGUCCUGUUAGCAGUUGGCUUUCACAGCAAUGCUUCAGUGCCUUCAGGCUGUCUGAGCCAGGGCUGUUAGAGACUUGCAGGUCCUGGACUGUGGCACAAGGAUGCCCAGGGCUUGCUCUCCAGCCAGACCACUCCUGUUUCAGGUGUGGGGGAGAGGAAGAGACAUCUCAGUGGGUAGGAGAGUGGCUCUGCUGUGCCUGAGUGAGUCACAGCACUGCUAGCUGGAGACACAGGUCAAGUGGCGUGGGGCUGGGGGAAAGCAGAGCAGAGAUUCUCUUUCUGCAGUGAGGUUUCAGGCAUGGAGGAGAAGAUAAUUCCUCUGGAGGAAGUCUUCCUCGUGGCCACGCCAGCUGUGAGCCAUCUCCUCUCCCCCUUGCUGCAUGAUCCGCUUGCUGCAGCGAUGGUUCUGUCACCCCAGGUCAGCUGCAGGUGGCACCUGGGACAAAGAGGGGAUGGCAUUGGUGCUCCCUGGCUCAGGCACUCAGAGGUGGGCAGAAUUCUCUUGGUACAUCAGCACUUUUCUUUCUUUGUUGUGGGAAGCUGAGUGGUGAGGAGGAUGUGGUGGGGUUGGGAUUGUGUGAGCAGCCUUCAAUAAACGGCACUGUCCCAAGCAGA